AUGGGUAAUGUAGUACAGCGGCAGACACGUGGGUUUGUUCGUCGCUGUUCAUUCGAAGUUUGCGGAAACAUGGCGGGGAUGGAGCUGCUGUCUGACCAGGGUUACCGCCUGGAUGGAAGAAAAGCCACCGAGCUGCGGAAGGUUCAGGCCCGGAUGGGAGUCUUCGCUCAGGCGGACGGCUCCGCGUAUCUGGAGCAGGGAAACACGAAGGCUCUGGCUGUGGUGUACGGACCGCAUGAGAUUCGAGGUUCACGCAGCCGCGUUCGUCACGAUCGAGCCGUCAUCAACUGUCAGUACAGCAUGGCCACGUUCAGCACGGCGGACAGGAAGAGGAGACCACAUGGGGACCGCAAGUCGACGGAGAUGAGCCUCCACCUGAAGCAGACGUUUGAGGCUGCUGUGAUGACUCAGCUCUAUCCUCGCUCUCAAAUAGACAUCUACGUAAAGAUCCUGCAGUCAGAUGGAGGAAACUACAGCGUGUGUGUGAACGCUGCCACUCUGGCCGUGAUUGACGCCGGCAUCCCCAUGCGGGACUACGUGUGCGCCUGCACAGUCGGGUUUGUGGAUGAGACGCCCCUCGCUGACCUUUGCUAUGCAGAGGAAAGUGGCGGAGUGAGCUCUCUGGCCUUAGCGCUGCUCCCCCGGGGCGGACAGAUCGCUUUGCUGCAGAUGGACGCCAGGCUACACCAGGAUCACUUAGAGUCUCUUAUCGAAGCCGCCAUGACAGCCUGUAAAGGUGUGAGCAAGGUGCUGGAUCAGGUGGUGCGACAACAUCUCCAAGAAGUUUCUACACUCUCUAGAGAGUGAUGCAGUGAGGGGGGGGGCGAACUUCGAGACUGUUGUCUUUGUUGCAGACUGGAAAGUGUUAUUGGACUUAAUGGAGAGGAGUGACGGAAGAAUCUCUGAGUUUUUAUGUAUUCACGGAAAUUAUACUUUUGUACAGUUUGUGUGUGUUGCAGCUCACAUAAAUAUGUCAAUACUGCA